AUGUUCCAACGGCAAAUAGAGACUAGAGCCAUCUUCAGACGCCUCUUCAUGACUUGGCGUGUGCUCGGCAUCAUUCUCUGGCCAUUUAAUAAGUAUCUACGCAUCAUCUACGACAUCCUCAUGAAUAUCUUCAUCACCUUUGCCUUUCCGGUUCACCUGACGUUGGGUGUUAUUUUCAGUAGCAAUCAGGAGCAGUUCUUCACCAAUUUGAUCAUUGGCAUUGCAAGUGUUUCAUGCACUUUCAAGCACUUGUUGUGGCGCUCUCGUCUCGCCGAAAUGCAACAGAUUAAUGAAAUCUUGGCUCAACUCGAUGAUCGUGUACGCGUCCGCGAGGAUUAUGAAUACUACAAGCGUUCAAUUGAGCGCCUAUGUAAUUUUAUGAUCAAUUUCUUCACACGCUGCUACUUCUCUGUGGGUGUCACGGCUUUGUUUAUUGCCUUGAUCACGGGUGAGCUGUUAUAUCCCGCCUUCAUGCCACUACAAUGGCGUACUUCGUUUUGGAAUUAUGUUGCGGCUAUUUUAUUUCAAUUCGUUGGAGUCAUGCUGCAAAUCGUGCAGAACAUCGCCAACGACGUUUACGGUCCUGUGGUGCUGUGUAUGAUCUCUGGGCAUGUACAUCUGCUGGCGAAUCGGGUAUCGCGUGUGGGACAUGACACAGAGGAGAACACACAGAGUAACUAUGAAGAAUUGUCCAAGUGCAUUGAGGACCAUAAGCUACUAAUGAGCACUUCAAAGACCGUCGAACGCAUCGCCUCCUUAAGUUAUUUGGUACAAUUCGUUGCCGUUGGGAUUAAUCUCUGCAUCGGUCUCGUUUACCUGCUUUUCUUCGCUGAUAAUUAUUUCGCCUACGUCUACUACACCAUACACAUAACGGCGAUUAUGAUUGAGCUGUUUCCCUGCUGCUAUUUCGGCAGUAUGUUGGAGUGUGAGUUCCACGAUUUGUCCUAUGCAAUUUUCAGCAGUAACUGGCCGACGCAGCCACGUCCAUUUCGACGAAAUGUAGUGAGUUUCACAGAGAUGACCUUGCGUGAGGUGACCAUGUAUGCUGGCGGCAUGAUCCGCAUUAAUUUGGACUCAUUUUUUGCUACUUGUAAGAUGGGGUACUCAUUCUUCACCGUUAUACAGACCAUGAAGUAG